CGGCUCGCGCCAGACCGAUGAUUUAGGGCCGCGACCUCUGGGCUCAGCCCAGUAAUAAAAUGGGCCGAUAUGGCCUGCGAAUCUGAGUGGCCAACCUGGAGGCCUGGCCCAGCCCAACCACCGUUCCUGUUCGAGCGUUCGUCCCGAACGGGGAAGACACCAUCUGAUUCGCUAUGCUCAGAUCUCCCGCUGCCUCCCGAGUACGAAGACUACGGCGGCCGGCUCCGGCGGCUUCUCCACGGUGAGACUGCCCUUGUGCGGUGGUCUUCCAUACCCCCUUCCAUAUUGUUGUCAGACGCUCAGGGCGAACUAAUCUAAGUGAUAGUGGAAAUGGCAAGUACAGCGUGCUUCGUGAUUGUUAGUAAGAAUGACAUCCCGAUCUAUGAGGCAGAAGUUGGAUCCGUGCCAAAAAAAGAAGAUUUAUCUUAUCACCAUCAGUUUAUCCUGCAUGCUGCGUUAGAUGUUGUUCAGGACAUAGCAUGGACCACAAGUGCAAUGUUCCUGAAGUCAGUUGAUAGAUUCAAUGACCUUGUGGUGUAUGUUUAUGUAACUGCUGGUCAUACUAGAUUCAUGUUGCUUCAUGAUUCACGUAGUGAAGAUGGAAUAAAAAGCUUUUUUCGAGAGGUUCAUGAACUUUACGUCAAGAUAUUCCUCAAUCCUCUUUGCCUGCCUGGCUCUCGCAUCACAUCCUCUCAUUUUGAUACAAAAGUCAGGGCGCUUGCAAGGAAGUAUCUGUAGUGCUUGCAAGGAAGUAUCUGUGGUGUUACUAGUGUACGGUCAUGGAGGUUCCAUAAGCGUCACAGCUUAAUGUACGUAGAAGCAGGCAGCUUAAGAGGCAAAACACUUGGGUUGGGUGUCCAUUUAUUUCCUGUCAUCAUUACUUGACUCCUGAAAAAUGCGGAAAUAGGAUGUUAUUUUCAUUUUUUUCGUGAACGUGGAUGACUAUGUAUCAUUAUAUUAAGUAAAGAGAGAGUUCAACCGUUA